AUGGAUGACCCCAGUCGAAGGAGGAGGCAGAAUGAAGCGCCUGCCCGUCACACGUCGAACUUGAGAUACCCGCACCAAGACCCAAUCACCCACAGCAGCGCCAUCGCAGGUGGCACGUCGGAGAGGUUCCGCCCAGCGCCGCUUGCUACGGAUCCCUCGACGCCACGAAGCAUGGGCGUCGCCAACAACUACAGCUCGUACUAUCAGGAAUCGCAAACCGCAUUCUCGACGCCAAACAUGUCGACGACAGCCAUGUCUUACGGUCAAGACUACGGGCCAGACUCGCGCGGGCAAAAUCAAGGCUUCGGCAGCUACAGCGCUGGGAUGAUGAUGUACAACGUUGCGCAGCCGAGCACACCCGUCUACGACACACAGCAGUUCGCCCAGCGUCAGCAAGCGGCAAUGCAGAUGAUGACCUCGGACGUCGCCUCGACGUACUUUGGUAGCUCAGAUGCAGGCUCCGCGCCGUCUUCGAGUUUGCAACAGGCUAGCGGCCACGGCUCAAGCUCGUCAGGCCUGUAUCAGCAAAGUAACGCACCCGUCGGCUACGGCGGGGGUAUCUCCAACGUCACCGCCAUGCAACAGCCGGCUGCUGGUGUUGGGGCGUCCGAGAAUCACGAAUACCACGACACGGGCUUGGAAGAGAAGUGGAUGAAUUACCAGAGACAGCUGGGAACUGUGUUCCAAGACGUCAAGGCUGGUUCCCUGGAAAGCGCCGCAGAGACACUUCUCAGCCUUUCGAACUGGCUCUUAACGCAGGUGGCAGAUCUCGGCCUAAGUCAGGACGACGCGAAUCUUCACGAAGAGAGGAUAAAGCUCUGGAAUGAUUUCAACCACGCAUGGCUGGCGCUGGCUUUUCAGCAAAAAACGAUGAUGGAGUCUGGGCAGCCCCCCGGAAGGGGUCAAAAGCUAAUGUCGGAGGACACGGUCAAGAAGAUGGGGGACGAGUUGAUCCGCUUGUGUGACGGUAUAGAGCGGCAUGGCCUGGUAGACUAUCAGUAUGGUGUCUGGGAAGACCAGAUCGAGAGCGCACUCGAGGAAUGUUUGGAUCUUUUCGAGUCAAUGGUCAAUGAGGGUAGGCGACCGUGA